UCUCCUUCCGCUUCUCGCUCUGUUUGUUCCUUCGUGGACACCGUACGUCGUUGUUGACAACAAUCAUGGCGUCCUCAAUGUCACUUCUCGGUUUCAGGCGUUUGUCUUUGAUAAAUGCAGCGUCUAAAUUGGUCUUUAACCCUGCCAGGUCUACAAGCACAACCACAUCAAGGCUGGCAGAGAAAUCAGGACAAGACACGCAACUUAUCACAGUUGAUGAGAAAUUGGACAUCACCCCUCUGACAGGUGUCCCAGAGGAGCACAUUAAAACCCGUAAAGUUCACAUCUUUGUCCCGGCCAAAACAGCCAUGCAGUCUGGAGUCAACAGCACCAAGAAGUGGAAGAUGGACUUUGACACCAGAGAACGUUGGGAGAACCCGUUGAUGGGCUGGGCCUCGACUGCUGACCCCUUGUCCAACAUGAUGCUCACAUUCUCCUCCAAGGAAGAUGCCAUUGCUUUUGCUGAUAAAAAUGGCUGGAGCUACGACAUCACAGAGAAAAGGAGCUCAAAGCCCAGAGUGAAGUCUUACGGAGCAAACUUCUCCUGGAACAAGAGGACAAGGAGGUCUGCGAAGUAAACUGAAGAUGGCCACCUGUUAGCUGCUCUGACCCUGAGUGUGUCCCACUGCAGACCUGUAUCAUUCUUGUCAAUAAAUGCAUUAUUAUAUAUGUUUAAAGCAAA